ACUUGGCCGCGCGAUCAAAUUCAAAAUUCACGCUCCACGCACUCGUCUCUCUCUCUCUCUCUCAACCCUAAUCUACCACUUCACUUCAAUUUCUCUCUUCGAGUCCUCCAUUUCCCAAGCCUCACAUGGCUUCCCGCAAUCCCAGCAAUAAAAGGGUGGGCCCCGAAGAAGCUUCUCUGGACAAGCGUCGCAGGGGCACCGCAGCUGAGAAAAUGGAGCGACAGGGCGGUCCCGCUGCUGCUGGGAGGCCCAGAACACCGUUUUCCGUUGUCACAAAUCGCUCUGACCUUAACACGACGAGUGAUGUCACCGACGCGGUUGAUUUCACGAAGGAGGAGGUGGAGGCUUUGUUGAAUGAAAAGAAGAAGGGAAAUACCUAUGAUAGUAAGAAAAAGAUGGAGCAGAUGACGGAUCUUAUUAAGCGCCUUAAGGCCUGCGUUCGCUGGUAUAAAAGAAUUGAAGAAGGGUAUGUCCAAGAAAAGGAAAAGCUUCAGUCUGAGCUAGAGGCUUCUGAGAAGAAGUGCAGUGAUACUGAGACUGAGAUGAAGAAUAAGAUUGAUGAGUUGAAGGAGGCUCUAUCUGAUUCGAGGAAGAAAAUUUCUUGUCUAGAAGAGAGAAUUGUGAAGGAAGAAUCAGAUAAAUUGGAAGCGAUUAAUUCUUAUGGUAAAGAAAAGGAAGUCAGAACUAAAGCUGAGAAAGUUCGGGAUGAGAAGUCAGCUGAGCUUGAGAAAGUUCGGGAUGAGAAAUCAGUUGCUGAGAAGAAGGCCAUUUCAAAUGAAGAUUUGUACAAGCGAUCACAGGAGUAUAAUAUGAGCUUGCAGCAGUACAAUAGUCGUCUUCAGUUUGAUCUUGAAACAGUUAAUGAGGCCCUUAAACGGCUUGAAACUGAGAAAGCAACCAUUGUUGAGAGUCUUAGCAAUUUAAGAGGCCACAAUAAGGCAUUGCAGGAUCAGUUGGUAUCUCUUAAAGUUUCACAGGACGAGACUAUAAAGCAGAAAGAAACUUUAGUAAAUGAGCUAAAAUGUCUUCGUGAGGAAUUAAAGCAACUUAGAGAUGACCGUGACCGUCAGUUGGAGCAAGUACAAGCUCUAACCGGAGAAAUAGCGAGGCACAAAGAAUAUACUGGGAAAACAUGUACCCAAUUGGAUACGUUGAUGAUUAAAACAAAUGCUCUUGAGGAAACUUGUUCAUCUCAAAAGGAUCAAAUAAAUAUACUGCAGCAGCAGUUGUUUGCUGAAAGAGAGAAAUUAAAGAAUUCUGAUCUAUCAGCUUCAGAAACAAGAACAAUGUUCGAAGAGCAGAAGAGGAUUAUACAGGGGCUACAGGAGCGUUUGGCAGAUAAAGAAUUUCAAGUAGUAGAAGGAGAGAAGUUAAGAAAAAAACUGCAUAACACUAUUUUGGAGCUAAAAGGAAAUAUUCGUGUUUUCUGCCGUGUACGGCCGCUCCUAUCGGAUGACAGUGCGGACACGGCUGUUUCAUUCCCUACUUCAACAGAAGCGCUUGGUCGGGGCAUUGAAUUGGUACAAAGCGGGCAGAAGUACAAUUUCACAUUUGACAAGGUGUUCAAUCACGAGGCUUCUCAGCAGGACGUUUUUGUAGAGAUAUCACAGCUGGUACAAAGUGCACUUGAUGGCUACAAGGUGUGCAUCUUUGCAUAUGGACAGACGGGCUCAGGUAAAACCUACACUAUGAUGGGUAGGCCUGAUGAGCCAGAUCUGAAAGGGUUGAUACCCCGUUCUUUAGAACAGAUAUUCCAGACUAGCCAGUCUCUAAAAGACCAAGGGUGGAGGUACACAAUGCAGGCAUCAAUACUGGAAAUAUAUAAUGAGACCAUCAGGGAUUUGUUAUUAACAAAUCGGUCAAGUGAUCAUGCACGAUCGGAAAAUAGUGCUUCCAGCAAGCAGUACACUAUCAAACAUGAUGCAAAUGGAAACACACAUGUUUCGGACCUCACAAUUAAGGAUGUUUGUAGCGCAGAUGAGAUUUCCUCCCUCCUGCGACAGGCAGCACAAAGCAGGUCAGUGGGAAGAACACAAAUGAAUGAACAGUCAUCCAGAAGCCAUUUUGUCUUUACACUGCGUAUAAGUGGGAAAAAUGAGAACACUGAACAACAAGUCCAAGGUGUCUUAAACCUGAUCGAUCUUGCUGGAAGUGAAAGACUCUCGAGGAGUGGGGCAACUGGAGACCGGUUGAAGGAAACUCAGGCUAUCAACAAAAGUUUAUCGUCUCUGAGCGAUGUCAUAUUUGCUUUGGGAGGAAAGAAAGAAGAUCAUAUUCCUUUUAGGAAUUCAAAGCUGACGUACCUUCUCCAGCCAUGUCUCGGUGGCGACUCCAAAACGUUGAUGUUUGUCAACAUCUCACCUGAUCAAUCUUCCACUGGCGAGUCACUUUGUUCCCUCCGCUUUGCAGCCAGAGUCAAUGCCUGUGAAAUUGGGAUUCCGCGGCGUCAGACUCAGACAUCAUCAUCACGCUCCUCAGAAUCCCGUUUGAGCUAUGGUUAACAGAGAGAUUUGCCUGGCAAUAGGUUUCAUCCAUAACCAAAUUUAAUUGUUUAUUUGCCCUGCUUUAGCGGCAGAAUGAAGAAAAUAUAUUUAUAUAUAUUCUUUUUUGCUGCUAUAAUUGUACGAGUGUAAAAUUUAGAGAAUCUAACUUUUGUGUAAAUUGAUUGUAGAGGCUUGGCUUUAGCCUCCGAUAGUAUGUAUGUACCAAUAAUUUGUGUACCAUUCAGAUGUGACAUGACAUAGUUCUCAAUUUGGCUUUAGCAUUUGUUUAUUCAAGUGAUUUUUGCUCGC